AAGUAAACCAAGGGGCCACGCCAAACACAACCAUAUUUUUCAACAAAACAUUGCUUAUAAAUACCAACCUUCCCCUGCCUACCACUUCCACCCAACUCAUUCUAUUCACUGGUAUACUCAGAACUUGGUAAAAGAAGAAGAAGAACAAGAAAAAGAACAUGGAAGCAAUUCAGUCUUGGGUUUCAGAGCACAAGCUGACCAGCAUUGGGGCACUCUGGGCAUCAGGAAUUGGGGCAUCACUAGCUUAUACACGUACAAGAUCUCCCCUGAAGCCAAGCCUUAGGCUUAUUCAUGCAAGGAUGCACGCACAAGCCUUGACAUUGGCGGUGCUCUCUGGCGCUGCCGCCUACCACUACUACGAGAAGCGUACAGCGGAGCAAGGAGAGAGUCCUCCUUCAAAGUGAGAGAGAGAUCAGAGAGAGAGAGAGAUCUAUUUGCUUUCUUAUUUAACUAUCAUCUGCGAUUUAUGCAGAGGGAAUUAGAUGUUUCCUAUUGUUGUAGAAAGCUGUCUUAAUAUCAAUAAUAUUUGGUCUUUUGUCGAUAAAA